AUGGACUCGAUCGCCUUCUACAUUCGGCAACUUGCAUUGCAUGAGCUGCACGCUGGCCAAAGGAACUUCGCCCAUGCACUUCGCUUCUUGACUAGCCCUUCCGCCCUGCCGCAUCUCACUGGUCUCCUGCCCACAAAGGUACCAGGCAUGGGCAUCGGGGUCUGGUCCAAGGAUUCCCCGCUUGAAGAUGGAUAG